UUAAAGGUACAAAAGUUGAUUGAAAAAUCACGCCAUUUUCUACAAUUAAGCUGGAAGCUAGAAUUACGUAUACGUAGGCCGGAUCGUGAAAAUGAGCCGCCGCGGCGGUGGCGGAGACGGCGGUGGCAGCAGCAGCAGUAGUCUAAGUUCAGUAUUCUACUCGGAUGAGUACCAUCCUAUCCAAGCCGGAAGCAUUGACGGAACCGACAUUCUUCCCCACGACAACGGCGUCUACAGAGCUCUCCUUUGCUCCAAAGCAGCCCUAUAUGACCCCUUCGGGGACCCUAAAGUCACCGGCGAUCCUUAUUGCACUCUCUUUGUCGGCCGUCUCUCUCAUCUCACCACCGAUGACACUCUCCGCAAGGCUAUGAGCGAUUUUGGGCGUGUCAAGAACUUACGGUUGGUCAGGGACAUAGUGACGGGUGCCUCACGUGGUUAUGCAUUUGUUGAAUUUGAAACUGAGAAGGACAUGCGUCGAGCAUACAAGGACGCUCAUCAUACUUAUAUUGAUGGUUCUGAAAUCAUAGUUGAUUACAAUAGGCAGCAACUGAUGCCUGGUUGGAUUCCUAGAAGGCUAGGUGGGGGUCUUGGUGGCAAGAAAGAAUCAGGGCAACUUCGAUUCGGAGGACGAGAAAGACCAUUCCGGGCUCCACUGAGGCAAAUUCCAUUCGAUGACUUAAAGAGGCUGGGCAUACCACCACCUCCCGAAGGAAGAUAUAUGUCCCGCUUUCAGAUCCCAGAUCCACCGAGAAGGAAAAGAAGUGGCUCCUCUGACUUGGAUGAGAGAAGUAGGUCGGAGAAACACCACAAACACGCUGGACAUUCUUCUUCCAGGCGGUCAGCAUCGCAUGGCAGAAGUCAUGUGGACGGAAGGAGGAGCUGAUUGGCGCAAUGGUUGGAUGAGGAUCCAUCACUCUCUCUUUUGCAUAAAGCAGCAUUUUAACGUUUGGUAUACCUGUUUCUACCCACCUCCUGUAAAAUUUGAGUGAAUAGUAUGUUUUGAUGCAUAUGCCUAGAUUUUUAUGA